AUGGAUUUAGGAUUCAAAGACCAUAACAACAGGACACCCACCAAGAACGCUUCUGCUGCUACAAAUAAUUUUUCUGCCUGGAAAGACUACAGGAGCAGUGUCGAUGACAUACAGUACUUUCUCAUUGGGCUAUACACACUUAUAAGCCUGGCUGGCUUUGUGGGAAACCUCCUUGUACUAAUGGCUCUAACAAAACGCAAGCAGAAGACAAUAAUAAACAUCCUCAUCGGUAACUUGGCCUUCUCUGACAUCUUAGUUGUGCUGUUUUGUUCUCCUUUCACGCUGACAUCUGUCCUGCUUGACCAGUGGAUGUUUGGCACUGUCAUGUGCCACGUAAUGCCCUUCCUCCAAUGUGCAUCCGUUCUAGUUUCAACUUUAAUGUUAAUAUCCAUUGCUGCAGUCAGAUACCGUAUGAUAAAAUAUCCCCUUGCCAGCAAUCUAACAGCAAAACAAGGCUAUUUCUUAAUAGUAAUAAUUUGGGCCUUCGGUUGUGCCAUUUGCUCCCCUCUGCCAGUUUUCCACAAAAUUGUGGACCUCAGCAAAACGCUGAAUUUAGAGGCACUGGAAAACAGGCUCUUGUGUAUUGAGUCAUGGCCUUCUGACUCAUACAGAAUUGCCUUUACCCUAUCCCUACUGUUCAUGCAGUAUAUACUCCCCCUGGUGUGUUUAACUGCUAGUCACACCAGCGUCUGCAGGAGCGUAGGUGCCAGGCUGUCCAGCAAGGAAGACAAGUUCCAAGAAAACGAGAUGAUAAACCUCACGCUUCACCCAUCUAAGAGUACGGGCACCCAGACACAGCCCUCCAGCCACACCAGGUGGAGCUGUGCCUUGGUCAGAAAGCACCACAGAAGAUACAGCAAAAAGACUUCCAGCGUGAUGCCAGCUAUUUUAAGGCACCAUCAGGAUAAUACUAAUUUCAGAGACCUCCCAGAAACCUCUGGCACAGAAAAAAGCCAGCUCUCUUCCUCCAGUAAAUUCAUCCCAGGGGUACCUAUCUGUUUUGAGAUGAAACCAGAAGAAAACACAGAGAUCCAGGACAUGAUUACGGUAUCCCAAUCCAUCGUCAGAAUUAAAACAAGAUCUAGGAGAGUUUUUUGCAGACUGACAGUGCUAAUCCUCGUUUUUGGUUUCAGUUGGAUGCCUCUUCACCUUUUCCAUGUUGUGACGGAUUUUAAUGCCACUCUCAUUUCUAACAGACAUUUUAAAUUAGUAUAUUGCAUAUGUCAUUUGCUGGGCAUGAUGUCCUGCUGCUUGAAUCCCAUCCUCUACGGGUUCCUUAACAACAGCAUAAAAGCUGAUUUAAUGGCCCUUAUUCCAUGCUGCCAAAUACCAUGA